CAUCCUUCGCCUCCCUUUCUCCAAACCCGUGCGUAAUGGUAGAGCGGAGGAUGAACUCUUUAGUGAAAUGGGCGCUCGGCGUCUUCGUACUCGUCUCCAUCAUCCUCAACAUCGUCCUGAUUGGCAUCCACUCCAGCAGGGCGCCCAAAUGCUCCGCUCAGCGUGUCCACCCGCUGAAGCGCAAACACGACGAUCGCAGCCUCGCGUUCGCCGACCUAACCCGGGAGGAGUAUCUGCAGGUCCAGGAGUAUUUGCUAAGACAAAAAGACUUGGACAUAUCUACCAACCAGAUCACCAAGCCGUCCGAAAAUUUCUUGUUUUUAAUAGAGCUAUCCCUGCCCAAGAAAGCGGACGUGCUGGCUUACUUGGACGGGAAAGGCGCAAACCCGACCAGAGAGGCGACGGCGGUGGUCUUCCACGGCAAACUCGGCUACAUUAAGGAGUACGUAGUGGGGCCUCUUCCCAACCCGAUAUACCACAGAGAUGUCACCGAGGAGCGUUACAAGACGGAGCUCCCUAUCACUGCGCGCACGGUCACCGUCGGGGAAUAUAGCUUGAUGUUCAAAUUUCUGGAGCAAAUCUUCUCCAAGCUGGGGAAGCUGAUGAAAGAGAGCUUCGACGUGGGUCUGGACAAGAAUCUGAACGCCUUCGAGCAGAUGCCCCGUGGGGUCCGAUCCGGGGACAGAAAGACUUGGAUAUCUUUCUUCAGGGACAUGGCCGGUAUGUACAUCCACCCAGUGGGCUUUGAGGUGCUGCUUAACCACGAGAGCGUAAACGCGUCCGACUGGACAGUGGAGCGGCUGCUUUACAACGGCCAAUACUUCCUCACCGUGGAGGAACUUCAACAGAAAUACGAUGCGGGGUCUGUUAAGAAAAUAGUUUACAAGGAGUCGCCUGACUAUGGGUCACUGAAGCCCAGGAACAAGCCUCUGCAGAUCGGCCCGCAGUUAUUUUACGCAGAGGGGAAGCGCUACAGCAUCAGUCAUAACCACGUCCUGUACCUGGACUGGAGCUUCGCCUUCGGACUCAGCUCUCUCACGGGCAUGAGGGUGUUCGAUGUGCGCUUCAACGGCGAGAGGAUCAUCUACGAGCUGAGCGUGCAGGAGGCCAUGUCCGUGUACGGUUCGGUGACUCCCGGGAUGAUCCUGACCAAGUUUCUGGACUCGAGUAUCGGGAUUGGGCGCUUCGCGCACGAACUGGUCCGCGGCGUGGAUUGCCCCUACGAGGCCACCUACGUGGACACGUACCGCUACAUCGACGUCCCGGCUCCGGUCAGGUUUAGGAACUCAAUCUGCGUGUUUGAGCACAACAUGGGUCAGCCCCUGCGGAGGCACUUCUCGGACUUCUUCCACAACAGCUACGGAGGGAUGGUGAACAGCGCCCUGGUUUUCAGGACCAUAACCGCUAUUGGGAACUAUGACUACAUGUGGGAUUUCAUCUUCUACCAGAGUGGGUCAGUGGAGGCCAAGGUGCACGCCACCGGUUACAUCUCCUCUUCCUACUUGGUGGACGGCAGCCGGAGACACGGCCACCAGGUGGCGGGGAACGUGCUGGGGAACAUCCACACCCACUUUAUCAACUUCAAGGUGGACCUAGAUGUGCUGGGUGUGAAUAAUUAUUUCCAGACGAAAGAUAUGGAAUAUGUCAAUGUGUCGCUGCCGUGGAUGUCCGACCGCUACGCUAUGGUCCCUCAGCUGGUGGAGAAGCAACUCACAACAGAACAGGAGGCCGCUCUGCGCUACGACACCAAGACUCCUCGCUACCUCCACAUCACCAGCAACAAGACAAACCGCUGGGGUCACCAGCGCUCCUACAGGCUGCAGGUGUUCAGCUUCACCGGGGACCACCUCCCGGAGAGCCAGCCCGAGGAGAGGGCCAUGUCCUGGGCCAGGUAUAAGGUUGCCAUCACCAAGCACAAAGACUCAGAGCAGACCAGCAGCAGCCUGUACAGUCAAAACAACAUCUGGUCUCCAGCUGUGGACUUCAGCAAGUACAUUGAAGACAAUGAAAGCAUCGAAGACGAGGACCUGGUUGCCUGGGUGACCACCGGCUUCCUCCACAUCGCUCACUCCGAGGACAUCCCCAACACGGUGACCGUGGGCAACGGGGGCGGGGUCCUGCUGCGGCCCCACAACUACUUUGACGAGGACCCAUCCAUCCACUCUGCUGAUGGGGUGUACAUUGCCCCGGGCAGUGAGGACAGCUGUGACAACAAUAGGAUGGCCUGCCUUGCUCAAGAGACCUGCAGCCCUGUCCUUGAACCCUUCACCUACCACGGCUUCGAAGGAGUCAUGAAGUUUGAGGAUUCGGUCUGAUUUGUUGUGCACUGCUCGGUGUUAGCCCUAAUCAACUCAGAGAUAUGCGUGGGUUUAUUUACCGAUCUAUCAAGAAACUUGUGUCAAUGUUAACGUGUUUAACAUUUUGGGGCGGCACAUUAUUUGUGCUUUGUGUGCGAUGGGCAAGAAAUUGCGUGAAGGAAUUUUUCAAUGUUUUGGAAAAUGUUUGUUCCUGAAAGUGCGUUGAGAAGGUCAAUACCACUCUCAUAUUUGUGCGUUAAGUACAAAGCUGGAGUCAGGACUUGGUUAGCCUAGCUUAGCAUAAAGCAUUUAGCCUGGCUCUGUCUAAAAUGAACUACCAACACCUUUAAAACGUGUUAUCUAACACGCUGUAUCUCGAUAGUUUAUUAUGUACACAAACAGAAUGUAAAAAACUCAAUUUCUGGUUCUUGGGGGACUUUACAUGCCGGAACAAUUUCUUAAUGAAUAAACUGCCAGGCACAGCUUUCCAGAGUUUGUUUUCACUCUGAGCUUGCCAAGUUACCAAACAGACCAUAUCUGACAGCCCACACUAGAUGAAUAAGGUAAGAUAAGACAAUCCUUUUUUAGUCCCACAGCUGGAAAAUUUAACUUGUUUUUCAUGAAAACAACAGCGUGUAACUCCCAUAAAACCACAAGCUGUAAUUUUGUCAUUUAUGUUUAUUUAUCUGUUAAACAAACAAGCUACCCUAUCUUAAUCAGAGAGCUUUAUCGGUGCUGGUGUAUUCUUAACUCUGGAUAGAGCCAAGCAGGCAAGCUCUUUCAUUCUACUUCCAGCCUUUACUGUAUGCUAAGCUAGGCUAACCACUUCCUGAUUCCAGCUCUGUACGUAACAAAAAGAGAAUUGGGAUCAAUCUUUUCUACUCAUUGCUGUUAAGAAAGAAAAUGAAUUGUUUGCCCGUCAAUAUACCCUCAGUUUACCUGCGAUUAGGUCAAUAUCGCUUUUCAACUAGGAUCACUGAAGAAUCGCCCUCAUUCGUAAGGCUGCUAUUACUUCAUAUUUGUCUCAUUGUCAGCAAAUUCCAUUAGAAGUCUAUCUCUUAAUACGUUCUCCAUAUCCUCAACUUCAAGCCCAUCGGUUCCUACUCUGAACAUAACACUUUUGUUACAUUUUUAAAAAGGGUCAGACAUUUCCUAAAACAGCUGUUUGCUGUUGUGUCAAACAGGAGCAAGUGGUGCCUUUGUUGGGGACUAUCUUUGGUGGUGCAUUAAUUCACAUUUGUGCUCCAAUGAGUAUUUGUGGCAGCAACACAGUGUAUGUGUGAUUGAGUCAAAAUAAACUACAGUGUGCGUGUUCAUGCUAGUGAAGAUAAUGCUAAGUGUUUUUAAUAAAUGGAGCUCUGUGGGACAGAGGAAGAAGAUAUAUCAGACUUUGUAUGCAGACAACAUGUUUUCAGGAGGAUCACUUCACUGUUGGCAUUGAUCUGGGAUUUGUUGGCAAUAAGAAGAAUAUAAAUGAUCCCCUGACCUAUCAUUUAAACUAAACUAUGCUGUAAAGUUGUAAGCUAAUAAUAUGCAGCAACUGUUCAAUAUGUAGUAAAUAUAAUUGGAGAUAUAAUUCUGCAAACAUAAUAAUGAUUAGAUUAAUGAGCUCUAGGGAUGGUAAUAUCAGUCAGUCGGCCAAUGUGCCUCUUUGGUCCAGACUGAAUAUCUGAACAUUUUAGACGGAUUGAUGCAACAUUUUGUACGGGUAACUUUGAUGAUCCUCUGACUUUCCAUCUUGCGCCAUCAUCAGAUCAAAAUUUUAUUUUGUCAAAUACUUGCGGCUGGCAAUAUUAGUCUGUCUGACGUUGCCACAAAGUUUUGGUUCAGAGAUUCAUGUCCCCAGGGGAAGAAACAUUGUGCUGUGUGACUUUUGCUCGUUGGUUUAUGACCUAAUACCUGCAUAACUGAUGGCAUAUCUAUUAGUUUCAGCUGCACCUUGUGUUAAGUGCUUAUUAGCAAAUGUUUGUAUAUAACUUGCUCAAGAUGGCGAACAUAGUUAACAUUAUACCUGCUUAGUAUUAGCAUGUUAGCAUUGUCAAUGUGUGCAAGUUUGCAUACUGAACCACUGAGCUUCACGGAGCCACUAGCAUGGCUGUAGACUCUUAGUUCUGCUGCCUUGUUUGGUGGUAUCACCAAAGUUAACAAUCCAUACUGAGACAGAAUAGAAGAGGUACAUUUGGCAUUAGAAAAAAACAAAUAGGUAAUCAGGAAUACAUGUUUUGCAGACACUAAUCCACUCUUUAUCAGUGAUAAUUGUUACAUGGGAUUAAUUGUAAUUUUAUCUCAAAACCAUAGGUGACAUCAGGAGAAAUGUGAUCUAUGGUUUAAGAUUGUGCAAGCAAAGAUGCUAUAACCUCUAAUAAUUUCAGUGAUGCUUGCAAUCAUUUUUGCUUUUAUGCCAGCAAUCACAUUUUGACUCAUUUUUAACAUGGAGUCAGAAUGUACCCAGAUGGCACUGGGAGCAAAGCCAUUCUUAUUGUGUCUAUCUGUGUCUCAUACUACAAACCACUGUGAUAUAUAAACUGUGACAUAAACAUUGUAAACUGACACUGUACAGCAGUGGCGGCUGGUGACUCCAAAAAUUGGGGAGGACAGGAGGGAAGCCAACUAUGGCAUGUUAUUUGACAUUAGUUGGCCACUCACCUUCUUAUGGUGCUUCCAAGGUUUCUUAAAAACAACAAUCAAACACUUUCUUGGCUUCCCUGCAGGUGUUGCUGUUGAGCAUUUUAAUCAGAGUUUUGAUUAAAAAAAAGAAUUAUAAUGAUUCUGAGAUUUGGAAAUGGUUUAUUUCCACCAAUUCCUCUAAUUCCUCUGCGCUGGCAAUAGCAGGGUUGUCCGCUGGUACGUAUGUACGGACAUCCGGUCUAUUCUCAGCAAUGCUUUGAGGGAAUUUAUUUAAAUUUGGCACAAACAUCUACUUCAAGGAUGACCUGAUCAAAUGUUGCAGGUCCACAUCACUGUGACCUUAUGUCUGUCCCAUUCUCAGGAACGCCUCAGAGAAUUUCUUCAAUAGGCACAAACCUUCACUUUGACUCAAAGAUGAACUGAUUAUAAUUUGGUGGUCAAACGUCAAGGUCACUGUGGCCACAACUCAAGAUUGAUAUGCUAAUUAUGACAAAUUCACACAAAUGCUUGAUAUAUAAAAUAUCACAUUGGACAGGCACCGUUGAUGUAAACUGCAACUCGACUGGUUAGCUGAUCUCCAUCUUGCCUCUCAGAAAUAGAGAAACCUUUUGCCUCUGUGGACCAGACUCCUCUGCUGUACAGUCUGUGUGUGAAAGUGUGCACUGACAAAUAUGACCAUCUAGUCCAAAGCAGGGUCACUCUCUGAUGUGGCCUGAGGCUGUGACUACUGGACAUCUGAUAUCGUAUUCAUUUUGAAUAUACUUUUUUUUACAGUGCAACAUUCUGAGGAACGUUGUUCUUCUUGUUUCCUCUUAAAAUAAACAAAGAGAUUAUUUGUCAAAGAAGGGGCUUGGAGGUUUUCUUCAUUUGGUCUUUGCAAACAUACACACACACA